GCGAUGAAGGGGAGGAAUACGUCACCGAAGGCCACGCCUCCCUCCCCGCCUCCCGGCCUGGCCGAGCCGCUCUUAAAGGGGCCGCGCAGCUGUGUGGAGUCGGCUGUGAGACAGCGGCGCUGUGGGCCCCACCGUCCCCAUCUACAGGGCAGGGACAGGGGUCCCCUUUCCCCCUAUGGAGAGGGCGUAUCGGUCCCCCCUUUUCCCAUAUGCAGGGCACUAAUGGGGGUCCCCGAUCUGUCAGGGGGCUUGUGGGGUCCCCACUUCCCUGAUAUGCAGGGCACGGGUGGGGUCCUCCUUCCCCACGGGUCUGGGGGGUCCUGGGGUCCCCCCUCCCCAUAUACGCGGUGUUGUUGGGGUGUGCCAUCCCGUGGUUCGGGGGUCUUGUGGGUGUCCCCCUUCCCCAUGUACACGGCAAUGACGGGGGUUCACCUUCCCGUGGGUCGGGGGGGGUUGUGGGGUAACCCUCCCCCAGCUGCCAGGCACAGGUGGGGGUCCCCCAUCUGCCAGGGCACUUGUGGGGUCCUCUAUAUGGCAGGGGCUUGUGGGGUGCCCCCUCCCCAACAUGCCAGAUACUGAUGGGCUCCUCCUUCCUCAAAUGCAGGCAGGGAUGGGGGUUCCCUCUCCCCACACCCCGGGGUGCUCAGGGGUCCCCCCACGGCAUCCCCCCUCCCUGGGGACACCCCCUAUCCCUGGCCACACUCGGCCAUUCCUCAUUCCCACCGAUGAGCAACACAUCCCUCUCGCAGAUCCCUAAAUGCCAUUUUUGGGGACUUAUUUUUAUCGUUUCGGUUGACACAUCAGAUGCCUAAAUCGCACCAAACCCCAGCAGAGGCUCUCGGGAACAUUUCAGCUUUAGCAGCCACCACCCCCCUAAAAAAACCUCCACCAUCACCCGCUAAAAAAUUAAUACUGCGUAUCUGCAACGCCAGCAGCUGGAUUCCCUAAAAAAACCCCCACCAUCACCCCCUAAAAAAUUAAUACUGCGUAUCUGCAAAGCCAGCAGCUGGAUUUCCAACCACGAUCCUGCUCAUUUGACAAGUAGAGUUAAAUUUAAUUAUUUAUUCCUUCGUGCCCUGGUGUAGGAGUAAGUGCUCGGGAACAUUUUGUGAAAAUAAGAGAGUUCUCUAAAGCUUGUUAGGUUUUAUUGCCGAAUCAAAUAAACAAGGGGGAUAAAAGCUUUGCAUUAAUUUUUCUGGUUUAUGUCACGCUUAAUAGUGGUCUUAACGAUCUCAGAGUCCUUUUUUUGUUUUUUUCCCCACUUUAUUUGUCGAUCAGGAAAGCGCUGGGGCAUGCAAUGCUGCUCUGCCUCCAACGCCGGCGGCUUUGCUGCAGGAGUAAGAAAAAUGCAAAAUAUUGAGGGGUUUAAUAGUGGUGAGAGAGCAGAGGGGAGAUGCUGGCAAGGAGUUUAUCACAGGUUACAUCUAGUAGGCUUCUUGGUUUGCUCUUGUGUAAGGGAGGUCUGAGUGCUAGGGGUUAUGGGGGGAUAAAAUGGCUUCAACAUGUCCAGGCAAAUUUAGCUGCUAACACAGGCUGUGAGUUUUAAUUUCAAAGUGGUUUGAUCUUCGAAAAGCACACGCAGUUGUAGAGGAGCCCCCUCCAACCUCAAGCAAUGUCCCUGCCCCACCACCCUUCUUCUCAUCCCCCCGGACCCAGAAAAUGCAUAGGUAUGAUACUUAACUCCCCCUUUUCACACCCAAAAGCUAUGUUUUUGGAAUGAGAGUCCCUCCUGCAGCAGUGAUUUUACAUAUCGGUGUUUUCCAUUGCACGUCACCCUCCAGGGAGGUAAAUAUGCCGCCUGUGGCUCUUCCUUCCCAUCAGCAAAAGGCAGCAGUGGAGCUGAGUGGCUGUUUACCAGUCUCCACCAGCGAUACUCAUGAAAAAAUAUUGCAUUGACUCCGAAAUUGUGGGAUGCUCAGCUGGAGGAUGGCAUUACCCAAAGCACGUUGUGGUGCUGCACCACGGCUGUGCACGAAAUAACUGAAAUCCUUGUUCUGAGCUGGUGCACCAGUUUAUUUCAAUUGCAGAGUAUAUUUAGGUGGCAUUUCACUUCUAGUUCAUCCUACGGAGCAGCACGGAGAGCCUGCUGAAAGCUGAGAGCAUCACCUGGGUACACAGACAGCCACGACAGAAGCAGCACUACUGAAAUCACAGGGCGGGUUUUAUUCCAUAGAAGAGGGGACAGGCAUUUCUGCACAGCGGGAAGGUGCCCAAGGGAAAAACUUCAGGUCUGGGGCACUUUGAUGCCCAACGCCGCAGCCUUCCCCAUCCCUCCCUGGGCACCAUCUCCCAGAGGCAACGGGAUGCAGCACUGCCCUAGCAGGACAUAGCAAAUGCAAACACAGUUGGAUUCACCUCUUGGCUCAAAACAGCUCUCUCCAUGAAAAGAAAGCAGGGCUUUCUAGCAAUUUCUUCUGUCUUCCACUUCCUGUUGCGACGAGACAGGCGCCACGCUGAGAUGUCACCGUGACGCAACACAGGUAGAUGACAGAUGACACUGUAGAACUUCCCAGGCAGCUUGCGCCAGGGCCCUUCAUCCUGCUGACCGGCAGGACGGAGCCUGGCUGGUCAGCGAAAGGGUCACGGCUGGAAGUUGCAGCCAAGCUGUGAAAAAAAAAAAAACUAAAAUGGAGCCGCCUUCACCAGAGACAUCCUGGGCUUCCGACCCAGAGGAGCCAGACUGGUGGGUGGCUUCAGCUUCUCCCAGCCACCCAGGAGGUGGUACGGGAACAUCCUGGGAUGAUGCCACCGGACCUCUCAGAGAAGAAAACACCUUUAAAAGUUUGCCUGAUGAAUCCUGGACCUCCAUCAUAUGGGUUUUUUUCUCAGAGGAGAGCUCUGCCAACACCAACCAGUCUUCAGCCUGCUCCUUCCUCAAGAAGCUCUGGAAGAUCGUCAGCAGCCAUCAUGUCCAGUCUAUCUGGUGGGGUGAUGAUGGAAACUGCAUCGUGAUUGCAGAAAAACUCUUCAGAAGGGAAGUGCUGGGGAGGAGGGGACCCCUGAAGAUCUUUAAAACCGAGUCCAUGAGAGGCUUCAUUUUCCAACUUAACCUCCAUGGAUUCUGCAAAAUGGAAGGGGAUUCUCUCAUAUCUGCCUCCAUCGAGGAGAUGCGAGCAGUAGCAGCAGCAGGUUCUGCUCUGGGCAAGCUGCUCUUCUACCACAACCCCUUUUUUAAGAGAGAUUGCCCUAACCUCCUCUGGAUGUGCACGCAAAGUGCUGGUGAAAGAAAGAGAGCCCCCGCUGCAUCCCCACUGGGCCCCAACUUGAAGGACAACCACCCGAGAAGAAGACGACCUGAUGCUCAGCCAGCGGUAGGAGCUGCGGAGGAGGAGAACGACACCCAGACAUCUGCAACCACCAUCUCCACACCGACCAAGCCACGGGCUGACACAACCGCCCAGACGGGCAGUGCCGGUCCAUCCCCACCAAAGCAGCACCGCAGCCACAGCCCCACUGGCAUCCAGGAGGCGGCUCCUGCUCCAUCCAUGGCUUCACCACACCGUGUCACACCUCCUGCCCCAAACACUCCCUUCACGCCAGCCAUGGGACUCCCCGCAUUUCCAUCUGGGCAGCCACAAUUAGUUGCUAUGCAGGUCCCCGGGGCUGGCCUGCCUCCAUUCUGCGCUCCAUGGUUUGCGAUGACCACACUGGCAGCACCAUCUGCUGUUCCCGUGCCAGGGCCACCGCACGGCCAAGCUCCAACCCAGUGCCACUGCCCGACCUGCACCUGCAGACCAAACACCGCAGCUGCCGGCGACGGGGUUGGACCUCAGCGGGGGCUGGACUAG